GUGGACGUUUCCGUGGUGCUGAGGUUCCUCGACGAGGGCCAGUUGAAGAGUGCUGCUCUGCUCAUUGAGGCGGGGGCCGACUUGUCUGCUGAUCGGACAGGCCAAAAUGCCAUGCACAAGAUCUUUGCGCAGGUCUUCGCCUACGAGGCGCAGAGUACGAAGAGCACCAUGGCCUUGAGCAUUGCCAUGCAGCUCCUGACCUCUGCGAAAUGGGGUGUCAAGUUGCUUUCUGCGUGGACGAGGGAACACCCGCGUGUGACGCCGCUCUACUCGUUGAUCCAGGCUUUCGCAACACGGACUUACCGACUGCACCCCGAAGAGAAGGCGGCGAGAGACUCCGACAUGCGUGCCGAGCUGCUCCUGAAGCUGGUGGAGGCGGCUCCGAGCACCGUGGAUCUGUCGAAGGCGUACCUUCCCCCGCCCGGCAAGGAGAGCGCGGAACGCCCGCAGGGCCUGCUGGGCCUGCUGUGCGCUGCAGAUCAGCCCACGGAGAAGUCCCAGGCGCUCGUCGUGCAGGCGAUCAGCCGGCUCUGCCGCCGGGGCGCGUCCGCCAACGCUUCCGACGGCUCUCCGGCAGCGCUGCACUCGCUCGCACAGCGCCUGGGCCCACGCCUCGCGGCCUCGGAGUUCGCCAAGGUGCUGCUGCCCCUCACCGACCUGAAGGCACUCAUGCCCGGUGGCCUGACCCUGAUGACCUUCCUGCUGCGAGGGUAUCACUCCGAGCACGGCGGCAAGGACGCGGAGAUCCGCGCCUGCGUGCGCAUGCUGCUCGAGGGCAGGUGUGACCCGGACGCGGCAGACAGCCCGCCCAAGCCAACGCCAGCAACGAAGCCGUUGCAUGCGGCGGCCGCCCUUCGGAGCGAAGGGCUCGUCUCGGACCUUCUGCUGGCUCGCGCGGACCCCUGUGGCAUCAAUAACGGCGAUCAGCAGAGGACUCCACUUCACUUUGCCGUGGCCUCUGCGCCGACAGGCUCGGACGCGAACUUUGACAUCGAGGACAUGCUGAUCCAGGCCAAAGCAGACCCGGCGAGGCAAGAUUCGCUCGGGCUCUCGGUGCUGCACUUCGCACUGGCCAAGGCGGAGGACGGCUCUCUGACGCAAUUCCAAGGCGAAUGGUUGGAGGAGCUCCAGGAUCCAAGCGAACAGAUGCCACGCAGGAAGUCGUGGACGAAGCAAGCAUGGCCUCUGAUUUGCAAGCGUGUCGACCCGAUCGAGACGAUAUCGAGCUUGUGCGUCUUGCCAGGAGUCAACGUCAACGCUAAAGAUAAGAGGGGCAUGGCACCUCUGCACCUUGCUGUGCUGCGGGGCGCAUCAAUCUGCGCCUUGAAGCUGAUCA